CGCCUCACGGUUGGGUUGGAGUCUUCGUCGCCGUGUCCUCUCAUCUCUCCUCCCUCCCCAUGCACGCGAACAGCCCUCUGCUGCUGCAACCAAAGCGGUGGCCGUGGCGAUGUGCCGCUACUCGGACACCAGAGUACGGCAACAGUGGCAAAUGGUGGUGGUGGCCGCAGAGAUGGGCAUGGACCGGCUCUACGUCAUGGACGGAAGCUUCUGCGGUACGAUAUCAGCAUGAGGUUGCGAGUCAUUUGAAGAUCAUCCUGGUACCUGGAAUCUCAAGUCUCAGGCAAGUUGUGCCCUUGAUCACUUCUUUUACCCACUCAUGUUCUAAUUAAUCAUAAUGAUCAUGCAUAGGUUAAUUUUGAUGGGACCCAAUAGGUAACCCUAGAUUGUUCAUCUCAUUACCUUGUUUACCCCUGAAUCACUUGGGUAGUUUGCUAUUGCUUUACAUGGAUUUGGGAUAAUUAUUUAUCAUAUCUAUGUUCCAGUUAUUUUGUUAUUCUAUUUAUGUUCAUGUCAAGAUCAUUAAUGUUAAUUGGAACAUAGAGCUUAACUUGAGAAACACGUGCCACCACAAGGGUUUAUGGACGCCCUUGGCUGAUUAAUUAGGAAAGCUAGUGGAGGACUACCUUACUCGAAAGGGGCAAGGGCAGUAGGGGAGUGGUCAGUGUAGGGAGGCCCUCGGGAGGAUUUUGCUGCGAUGGCGGUCCUGCAAGGGAUUCCUGCAUUGGAGCUUCCCAUAAACUGUAGCGGGUUUUCUGAAGUUAGUGGAACUUUGUAAAGGCCUCGUAGUGUUACCCUGCCUCGCCUCCUCGGUAGAGGUGUAUGGGAAGUCACGAUCCCUUGGCAGAUGGGUAACAUGACUUGUGGGUAAAGGGUACCACCUCUGCAGAGUGUAAAACUGGUAUACUAGCCGAGCUCACGGUCAUGAGCAGCUCAGGACUCUCUGAUGAUUAAAUUAUGGAACUUAAACUCAAUUUGUCAUAUGCAUUGCAUCGCAGGUGAGGUUGUUACUUUUGUUCUACUACUUAAUUGGGUUGGUAUUUACUUAUACUUAGUGAUUGCUAAUAAAAUUUUGACCAACUUUAAAAGCAAUGCUCAACUCUAACCAUCCUCUUUGGUAAGCCUUACACUUCACGUGAGCUCCCACCUUUGGCGAGUUCAUGCACAUUAUUCCCCACAACUUGUUGAGCGAUGAACGUAUGUGAGCUCACUCUUGCUGUCUCACACCCCCCCACAGGUCAAGAACAGGUACCACAGGAUGAGGCGCAUGGAGGAUGCUGUGAUGAGUUCGUGAGAGAUCUAGGCCAUCGUCUCCCAGUCAACUUUGGGUUGCUGGACCGUUGUCUCCUUAUAAUGUAAUUAUUUAUUUAUUUUGUAUAGAACUCCUAUUAUAUAGUAAAGAUGUGACAUUCGAUCUUGUGCCAUGAUUCAUCAUAUGUGUGAGACUUGGUCCCAGCACACCUGAUGAUUAUGUUCGCGCUCGGGUCUUGGUGCCCCGAAACCCGGGUGUGAUAGAAGUGGUAUCAGAGGAAUGUUGACUGUAGGACGAAACCUAGAUAGAACUGGACAACCCUUACCUACUUACCUUACUCUGAUUCUUUUCUAAUUUUUUUUCUUAAAUCUUUUCUCAUCUACUUCCGCUUCACUCUGAUUAUUCUUACCUCUUCAUUCUAAAGACAAAUGUGGAUUUCACACUUUGAAGUCCUGUAUCUAAAGUAACUUUUAGGAGUAGGAGACCUAUUCCUAGGAACAAAAAAAAACACAACUAUUUUUUUUAUAUAGAUAUCUAUGAACUUGAAUGCUUGUUCUUAUGAUACUUGUCUGAUUUGGAUCUUUGAUUGAGUGUGAUGGGUUGUGGAGUAAUGUCCACAAUUACAUCUGCAUAUACAUAUAGGCAUAAAUAUAAAUAAAUAAAAUUCAUAAAAUAACUAGAUAAACUAGAUUAUUCCUCAUUAAAGUAUCUAGCCUAACAAUAUCCAUCUCAUCUAAAAAGAUUCUAUCAUACACUCAUAGAUCCAUCUCAUCUCAAAAGAUCCUAACUUAUCCUAAUUAAAAUAUAUCUAGUUUGAUAAAUCUAUCUUAUCUUAAAAGAUACUUUAUUACUUUAAUAGAUUCAUUUUAUCUUGGAAAGAUAGAUCUAACUGACCUCAAAAGAUUCUACCUUAUCCUUAUGGAUUCAUCUUGCCCUCAUUAGUAUAUGUAUCCCACUCUAGAAUAACCACCAUGAGAUAAUCCAAAAUUUAUGUAGAUCUUAUCUAGUCUAAAAUAAUCAUAUCAAUUUAUUCUAGAUUUGAUCCAAUCUAGUGUGAAUUACUUAAUGCUGGUACAAAGUAUAAAACCAUACUCCUAAUUCACUUAAGCCUAAGUUAGUGCCAUAGAUCAACUUAGCCAUACACUCCCAAUAGGUUACAUAAUCCACCUAUGUGAACCUAUUGAAAAAAUGUCUUACCCAUAAACCCCAGCUAUCUUAACUAUAACCCCCUGCUCAGAUGGAGACACCGAGAUUGGAGACCGAAGAUGAUCGACCCCAUCAAGAAAGGAUAAGCACCAACUCAAGGCUUCAAGGAUCAAGCGGGUUCACCAGAUGAAUCAAGAUCCACAGUUCUGGAUAAAGUCUUUCCUUAUUAUACUCUUCCUUGCCACAACCUAUACUUGCCAUAACCAUGCCUCAUCUGACAUAAUAAAUGGCUAGACAUACUUGCCGUAACCAUGCCUCAUCUGACAUAAUAAAUGGCUAGACAUACAUAUCCAUAAAAAAACUUUAAACAAAACUUUGAUUCAAAAAAAACCAAAUGAGAAACCAAAAUUCUAGACCAAACUUAUUGUAUCCCUUUUUCUUACAAAUCUCGAGGACGAGAUUUCUGUUAGGGGGGUAGGAUUUGUAACACCUGAAAAUCAUAUGAUAAGCUUUUAGUAAGUUCUCUCCAAAUAUUUAAGAUAGAGUACCUUUUAUAGAAUUCCAGUACCAUUGAAUUGCUUAUCCUAAAAUAAAUAUGGUUUCUAAGAAAGAUUUAAUAAAAGUAUCCCUAUAUGAUUUUAGCUAUCCCUUGUCGAAAUAUAUAUUUAUAAGUACUCUCUAAAGAAUUUUUAUACACUACAAAUUAUUUUUCUUAAAAAUACUUAUUUAUGUGUGUAUGAAUUACAUAUUUAAAAUCGUUUGUUUGAAUAGGGUUGUAAUUAGGUUAUGUAUUCAAAGAGUUUGAUUUGUGUGUUCUUUGCCUACUUGAAGCAUUUAAUUAAAUGAGGGAAAUUAAUCUUGCAUCUCAUGACGCAAUUUUGUUUGCUACAUUUGCCUUGUGUUUGAAAUUCCAAAACUUAUUUAAAUUUGAAUUUGAUAAAAUAGAAAAUGAUAGAAAAUAAACACAAAAACGAACAAGAACGUACCUUUUGCUUACCUAUUCGAAGCAUGAAAUGAUAAGCCCUAACAGUAACUAGCGAGCUGAUUAAUUAGUCGAAGAACGUUGGGGCAUUUUUGCCACCUGCAAAAUGGGCCAUGGUCUUGUCCUCCACGUACUUGAUGUACAUGUCACCUGUGGAAAAGAAAAGAAAAACAAUUACAUUACGAAUAAUAUAUACGUUAUAUACGUCGUACGACUUUGUUUUACAAUUUUUCACUUGUACCGGCCCAUUUCCGUCUCAACAUGCCAUGAUUUGCCACGUUCCCAGCACGAUUUGAAGUCCAGGAUCCAUGAAAUAUUUUAUGUUUUCUAGCCGGAGCGACAUCAGCAUGAUGUCAUUGAUGACUCAAUCCUAUGUGCCAUUGACGAGUGGACCCAUAUGGCGGAGCUUUCUCUUUCCCACGAACUGCGCAACUCCUAACAGAUCCCGGCCGUGUUUCUCGCCAUCCGUGCGGACUCUACCUGCCCCCGUGCCCGUACUAUAUAAUCCCAGCGCUCGCCCUUGCUCAUCAAUCGCCUCACGGUUGGGUUGGAGUCUUCGUCGCCGUGUCCUCUCAUCUCUCCUCCCUCCCCAUGCACGCGAACAGCCCUCUGCUGCUGCAACCAAAGCGGUGGCCGUGGCGAUGUGCCGCUACUCGGACACCAGAGUACGGCAACAGUGGCAAAUGGUGGUGGUGGCCGCAGAGAUGGGCAUGGACCGGCUCUACGUCAUGGACGGAAGCUUCUGCGGUACGAUAUCAGACUCUAGGGCUACUAAGGAGUCAUACACAUGUCAGAAACUACAGCAGUCAACUUUCAGCUUUGAUUCCAGCUACUUCUCAAUGCUCAAAUCUGACAAGAAGACGCUAUUACUUACCUAAUCCAUCUCUGUACCAAGUUUGGAGUAGGUCAUUUGCCUCAGACAGCGGAGACAAGUUCGAGGCUGUUGUGCCCUUCAUGGGUGAAUCUGUAACUGAUGGAACUCUUGCUAACUUCUUAAAGAAGCCUGGAGACAGAGUCGAGGCCGAUGAACCCAUAGCGCAGAUUGAAACUGAUAAGGUCACUAUAGAUGUCGCAAGUCCUGAAGCUGGUGUUAUUGAAAAGCUCAUUGCUAGUGAAGGCGACACAGUUACUCCAGGCACUAAAGUUGCAAUCAUAUCCAAGUCUGCUCAACCUGCUGAAACACAUGUUGCUCCAUCUGAGGAAGCAACUUCAAAAGGGUCUUCUCCGCCGAAAGUUGAAGAGAAAUCAAGGGUAGAGGAAAAAGCCCCGAAAGUAGAACCUCCCAAGAUGCAAGCACCGAAGCCAACUGCACCAUUAAAAACGUCCCCUUCAGAACCACAACUCCCUCCAAAAGAACGGGAGCGGCGGGUGCCGAUGCCAAGGCUCAGGAAGCGUAUUGCAAACCGUCUUAAGGAUUCUCAGAACACCUUUGCAAUGCUAUCUACAUUUAAUGAAGUUGACAUGACCAAUUUGAUGAAGCUUCGUUCUGAUUAUAAAGAUGAAUUUGUCACAAAGCAUGGUGUCAAAUUGGGUCUUAUGUCUUGCUUUGUCAAGGCUGCUGUUUCUGCACUUCAAAACCAGCCAAUUGUUAAUGCUGUCAUUGAUGGCGAUGACAUCAUAUACAGAGACUACGUAGACGUCAGUGUUGCUGUUGGCACUUCCAAGGGCCUUGUGGUGCCUGUUAUCCGAGAUGCUGAUACCAUGAACUUUGCUGACAUUGAGAAAGGGAUAAACAACCUUGCAAAGAAGGCAAAUGAGGGGGCGCUCUCGAUUGAUGACAUGGCAGGAGGAACAUUCACUAUCUCCAAUGGUGGUGUCUAUGGAAGCCUCCUCAGCACACCUAUCAUCAACCCCCCACAGUCGUCAAUUCUGGGGAUGCAUUCCAUUGUGCAACGCCCUGUGGUUGUGAAUGGUGACAUUCUCGCAAGGCCAAUGAUGUUCCUUGCGCUGACAUAUGACCACAGGCUGAUCGAUGGCAGAGAGGCUGUAUUCUUCCUCCGUCGCAUCAAGGAUGUCGUUGAGGACCCCAGGAGGUUGCUGCUUGACAUAUAAAGUUACUUACCAGUGCUUUCCCGCCGACUGUUUUGUGCUUUCUGGAAAUAAUACCAUGCAAAUUUUUGACUGAUGAAAAAGAAUUGCUUCCUCGGAAAGACGAAUUCUGAGCUGAGGAUACAGUGAGGUUUUUCUCUAUAAUCGUAGAAGAGAGCAGCAAACUCAACUCAAUGUGAGGUCAUGUUUCAUUUUCGGGUAUAAGAUGCUCCAUUUCGGGAUGCAGUUCCCAGUAAUUUUAUUUGCCAUGCAAGAGCAAUAGAAGCUGCUGCAUUUUUGUUUGUUGGUUCACAA